AUGGUGGUGGCCAUGAUCUUCAACUUGGCGUUUGCCAUCUGUACUUUCGCUGGUGCUAAGUACGGGUUCGGACAACAGAUGACCUGGUUUAUAGACAAACCGGGCUACCUUCGAUACGCUUUGCUGUACUGGUGGCUCGGGCAGAAUUUCUACCUAGUCACUGCCAUUAUCGCAAAGAUCUCCAUUGCCAUGACCCUUCUACGUAUUACUCCCAACAAAAUUCACGCUGUAAUCCUGUACACUAUCAGCGCAUUGACGAUCCUUGUCGGGACGAUGUUUGUCUUGGUCAGCAUUUUCGAGUGUACUCCGGUCGACUUUUUCUGGAAUCGCUUGACAAAAAGUGGUAAAUGUGUCGACCCCAAUGCCUUGGUGGGGAUUGCAUACACAGCCAGCGUUGUGGCAGCGAUUGCCGAUUUUAUUCUCGGACUGUUACCAUGCUUCAUAGUUUGGAAUCUGCAAAUGAAUAGGCAGACGAAGAUUGCCCUGGCGGGAAUCAUGGGCUUGGGCUGCAUUGCCGGUGCUACCGUCAUCGUUCGCAUACCAUACCUAUCCGCCUAUAAACAUGCAGACUUCCUGCACGCCACCCAUGCAGUGUCCAUUUGCUCGAAUAUCGAGACCGGCGUGGGUAUCACCGCCAGCUCUCUUGCGACCCUUCGCCCAAUCUUCCGUUUCCUGCGCGACACGACUUCCGGCUCUCGCAGUCGCAAACGGCCUACUGAAAACAGCUACCCAUUAUCCAGCGUUGCGAAUAACAGUGACAAGCAUCACUGGGCGGACACGGUCGGCGGAUAUCACAGCAUGUCUACAACCAUUACCGGUCGUCAGCCGUCGAUGCAGAAUGGCGUCUUCACCUCCUUAAUCGAAAACCUGGGCGUCAAAGGCGUCCAAUUUGAAGAACUCAUCUCCCUAGAUGCCGACACCAUCCGCUCACUAAGGUCUAUACCUCCCAUCUCACCCCUCCCAAAUCCACCCGUAACUAACAAGACAUACAAAAUCAAAAGCCCCGUCUACGGCGUAAUCUUCCUCUUCAAAUACCUCCGCGACCAAACCCCGACAACCCCCGAAGCCCCCAUAGAUGGAACCUACGACAAAACCGCCCCGGAGAACCUCUUCUUCGCCGCACAGACAAUCCAAAACGCCUGUGGCACACAGGCCAUCCUCUCCGUGAUCCUCAACCAAGACAGCGCCUCGUCAACGCCCUACCCUAUCGACAUCGGAGACGAACUCCGCUCCUUCAAGGACUUCACAACGGGGUUCCCGGCUGACCUGCGCGGCGAGGCGCUCUCGAACUCCGAGACGGUGCGGACAGCGCAUAAUGCGUUUGCGCGGGCGAGCCCGUUUGUUGAUGAGACGGUGCGCACCGCGAGAGAUGAGGAGGGCGAUGUGUAUCAUUUUAUUGGGUAUACGGCGGUGAAUGGGACGUUGUAUGAGUUGGAUGGGUUGCAGCCCUAUCCGAUUAGUCAUGGGGAAUGUGAUGCGGAGGGGUUUCCUGAGAAGGUGAUUGGGGUUUUGCAGAGAAGGGUUGCGAGGUAUCCGGAGGGGGAGACGAGGUUUAAUCUCAUGGCUGUUGUGAGGGAUUUGAGGGCGAGGGCGAGGGAGAUUGGGGAUGUAGAGAUGUUGCAGAGGGAGGAGAGGAAGAGGAGGGCCUGGGAUUGGGAGAAUACCCUGCGCAGGUCGAAUUUUGUUGGGUUUAUUGGGGAGGUUUUGAAGGGAGUUGUUGGGAUGAAGGAGAAGGAGGGGAAGUUUGAUGAGUGGGUUCAGAAGGCGAAGGGGGAGACAGAGAGGAGAUUGAGACGGUGA